UUUCUCUCUAAACUUCCGCUAUCCUAACCUAAGCGGCAAGCGCCAGGUGUAAAGCGAGUAAUUCAGCGGGGAGGGCUGAGGCUCUGGGCCGGAGAGUCCAUUCGGGGUCGGACCGGGGCCGAGACCAGCGGUCGGGGGGCGGAACAGAACAGAACAUUCGUGCCUCGAGACCGGUGACCGGGAGGAGACGGGGUGACCGAGGCGCCGGGACCCCCUACGCGCUUCGGCAUGGCGGCGGCGGCGGCUUCGCUUCAGCCCAAGAAGAUCGUGGCGCCCACCGUGGCGCAGAUCAACGCGGAGUUCGUGACCCAGUUGGCAAAUAAGUACUGGGCUCCACAUGUGAAGAAAAAAUUACCUUUUGAUUCAAAGGUUAUUGAAGAUGUGUAUACAAAAGAAAUUGUCAAAUCAAGGUUUGCCAUUAGAAAGAUAAUGCUUCUUGAAUUUAGCCAGUACCUCGAAAAUUACCUGUGGAUGAAUUAUUCUCCAGAGGUGUCCAGUAAGGCCUAUUUAAUGUCAAUCUGCUGUAUGGUGAAUGAGAAGUUCAGAGAAAAUGUACCUGCAUGGGAGACAUUCAAAAAGAAGCCAGAGCACUUUCCUUUCUUUUUCAAAUGUAUAUUGGAAGCAUCAUUAGAUGAGAGUGACAGUGAACUGUCUCUGCAUGAACAGACCGUCCUUCUGCUCUUCCUUGAUCACUGCUUCAACAGUUUAGAAGUGGAUUUGAUCAGGGGUCAGGUGCAGCAGCUCAUCUCCCUGCCAAUGUGGAUGGGCCUACAACCUGCACGUCUGGAACAAGAACUGAAAAAGACACCAAAGCUUAGAAAAUUUUGGAAUCUGAUCAAGAAGAAUGAUGAGAAAAUGGAUGAAAAGACACGAAUGCAGGCACAUCGAGAAAGAAGAUUUCUUUCACAGCUCAUCCAGAAAUUUAUCUGUGUGCUAAAAUCAAUACCCCACUCAGGUCCUCUUUCCAUGGACAAAGUUCAUUACUGUGAAAGAUUCAUCGAACUCAUGAUAGAUCUAGAGGCCUUGCUUCCCACACGGCGCUGGUUUAAUACAGUAUUAGAUGACUCCCACCUUGUUGUUCAUUGUUACCUGUCUAGCCUUGCUAAAAGGGCAAGGGAGGGCCAUCUCUUCUGCCAGCUUUUAGACAUGCUUAAAUUCUACACUGGCUUUGAAAUUAAUGACCAGACUGGGAAUGCUUUGACAGAAAAUGAGAUGACUACAAUUCACUAUGAUAGAAUUACUUCCUUACAGAGAGCAGCUUUUGCACAUUUCCCAGAACUAUACGAUUUUGCACUUUCAAAUGUGGCAGCAGUGGACACUCGUGGUUCGUUGGAAAAGCUGUGUGGACCCCUGAGCCCAAACACACUCCACCAGGUGGCAUCAUACCUCUGCUUGUUACCGGCUCUACCUGAAGGGGAAGAUACAAGCUAUGACAAAGAAUUUCUGCUAGAAUUACUGGUGUCCCGUCAUGCACAUCGAAUAUCUCAGAUUCAGCAGCUUAACCAGAUGCCUCUGUAUCCCACCGAGAAGAUUAUUUGGGAUGAAAAUAUUGUCCCAACUGAGUACUAUUCUGGAGAAGGCUGCCUCGCUCUUCCUAAACUGAAUUUGCAGUUUCUGACUCUUCAUGACUACCUUCUACGGAACUUCAAUCUCUUCCGCUUAGAGUCUACGUAUGAGAUCAGACAGGACAUUGAGGAUAGUGUCAGUAGGAUGAAACCUUGGAAAUCAGAAUAUGGAGGCAUUGUGUUUGGUGGAUGGGCUCGAAUGGCACAACCCAUUGUGUCUUUCACUGUAGUAGAGGUGGCAAAGCCCAACAUCGGUGAAAACUGGCCAAUGAGAGUACGAGCAGAUGUUACAAUUCAUUUGAACGUCAGAGAUCACAUCAAAAAUGAAUGGCAAGGUCUGCGCAAGCACGAUGUUUGUUUUUUAGUUACGGUGCGUCCAACACAACCUUAUGGCACAAAGUUUGAUCGAAGGAGACUUUUUGUUGAGCAAACUGGCCUGGUGUACGUCAGGGGAUGUGAAAUCCAGGGCAUGUUGGAUGAUAAAGGACGUGUCAUUGAAGAAGGACCAGAACCCAAACCAAGACUUAAAGGAGACUCAAGAACAUUUAGAGUAUUUCUGGAUCCUAACCAAUAUCAACAGGACAUGACAAACACAAUCCAAAAUGGAGCAGAAGAUGUCUAUGAGACAUUCAAUAUAAUUAUGAGGAGAAAGCCAAAAGAAAACAACUUUAAGGCUGUUCUGGAGACUAUUAGGAAUCUGAUGAACACAGACUGUGUGGUUCCUGAUUGGUUGCAUGACAUCAUCCUUGGAUAUGGAGACCCAAGCAGCGCUCAUUAUUCAAAAAUGCCAAAUCAGAUUGCUUCUCUGGAUUUUAAUGACACCUUCCUCUCCAUUGAUCAUUUAAAAGCCAGUUUUCCUGGAUAUAACAUAAAAGUAACUGUUGACAAUCCAGCUCUACAGAAACCCCCUUUCAGGAUAACUUUCCCACUAAGGGGAGGAAAAGGGAAGAAACGGAAAGAAGAGGAUGAGAAUGAAGAAAAGACUGAAGAAGCUAAAACAUUAAUUGUGGAACCUCAUGUUAUUCCCAACAGGGGACCAUAUCCAUACAAUCAACCCAAACGCAAUACUAUUCAAUUUACUCAUACUCAGAUUGAGGCUAUACGUGCAGGAAUGCAACCUGGGCUGACUAUGGUAGUGGGCCCACCUGGUACAGGUAAAACUGAUGUGGCUGUGCAGAUAAUAUCCAAUCUCUAUCAUAAUUUCCCAGAACAGAGAACCUUGAUAGUUACACAUUCCAACCAGGCCUUGAACCAGCUGUUUGAGAAAAUCAUGGCAUUAGACAUUGAUGAGCGCCACCUCCUGCGUCUCGGUCACGGAGAGGAGGAAUUGGAGACAGAGAAAGAUUUCAGCAGGUAUGGAAGAGUUAAUUAUGUCCUGGGUCGAAGACUAGAGCUUCUACGGGAGGUUGGACAAUUACAGGAGAGCCUGGGAGUCCCAGGAGAUGUUUCUUAUACUUGUGAAACAGCUGGCCACUUCUUCUUAUACCAAGUAAUGUCUCGUUGGGAGGAGUAUAUUAGCAAAGUGAAAGUUAAAGGUGGCAAGCUUCCUGAUGUUGCAGAUGUCUCUAGUUUCUUCCCUUUUCACCAGUAUUUUGCAAAUGCCCCUCAACCAAUUUUUAAAGGCAAAUCUUAUGAAGAGGACAUGGAAAUUGCUGAAGGGUGUUUCAGACAUAUUAAGAAAAUAUUCACUCAACUUGAGGAAUUCAGGGCAUUUGAACUCCUCCGCAGUGGCCUGGAUAGAUCCAAAUACCUCUUGGUGAAAGAAGCAAAGAUCAUUGCAAUGACUUGUACUCAUGCGGCCUUAAAACGACAUGACCUGGUUGAAUUAGGCUUCAAGUAUGAUAACAUCUUAAUGGAAGAGUCUGCUCAGAUUCUGGAGAUAGAAACCUUUAUACCUCUCCUCUUGCAGAAUCCCCAAGAUGGAUUCAGCCGACUAAAACGAUGGAUUAUGAUUGGUGACCAUCAUCAGUUGCCACCUGUCAUUAAGAACAUGGCUUUUCAAAAAUACUCCAACAUGGAACAGUCUCUCUUUACACGCUUUGUUCGUGUGGGGGUGCCAACUGUUGACUUGGAUGCUCAAGGAAGAGCAAGAGCAAGUUUGUGUAAUCUCUACAACUGGCGUUAUAAGAAUCUGGGUAAUCUGCCUCACGUGCAACUUCUGCCAGAGUUCAGAACUGCAAACGCUGGAUUUCUCUAUGAUUUCCAGCUUAUAAACGUAGAAGAUUUCCAUGGUGUGGGAGAGUCUGAACCCAAUCCUUAUUUCUACCAGAAUCUUGGUGAAGCAGAGUAUGUUGUAGCACUCUUCAUGUACAUGUGCCUGCUUGGUUACCCUGCAGACAAGAUCAGUAUUCUGACAACCUAUAAUGGACAAAAGCACCUGAUCCGGGAUAUCAUUAAUCAGCGUUGUGGGAAUAACCCACUUAUAGGCCGACCAAACAAGGUGACAACUGUAGACAGAUUUCAAGGUCAACAAAAUGAUUAUAUUAUCCUUUCAUUAGUGCGAACCAAAGCUGUUGGUCAUCUUAGGGAUGUCAGACGUCUAGUGGUUGCUAUGUCAAGAGCCCGGCUUGGGCUGUAUAUUUUUGCAAGAGUAUCCCUGUUCCAGAAUUGCUUUGAGCUAACUCCAGCUUUCAGCCAACUUACAGCUCGACCCCUUCAACUGCAUAUAAUUCCCUCAGAGUAUUUUCCAACAAUCAGACAGAAUGGAGAAAGAUCUUCUCACCAAGUACAUGUUAUAAAGAACAUGCCUCAGAUGGCUAACUUCGUGUACAACAUGUAUAUGCACGUGAUACAGAGUACACGCCACUACAGACAGGAUUUAUUGCCCCCACCAGCCCUGGUUGAAGAAAGUGAAACAGUUCAAACUCAGGAAGCAGAAGCAGAAGUUGAAACCAACAGCACACCAGUGGAGAGUGAAGAGACGACGGUGAAGGAAGAGGGAGAGACGGUGAAGGAAGAGGGAGAGCAUCGGAAAAUGCCAGAGCAUCCAGGAAGAGAUAGUGAUAGUGAAGACAGUGAAGCUGAGACUGAAAAGUGAUCUUUACCCUCAAUAUGUUUUGGGCACAGACUGGAGAUGGUGAUAGAGCCAAAAUAAGUUGGACCUUAUUAAUAGCUGGCUGUGUAAUGUGACCUGUUCUGCAUAUUUUUCACUGAAUAUUUCAGUGGACAAAUUUAAUGAUUGGUAUAUAGUGGUAAAUAUUAAUGAGUACUGAAUUCUUAUCAGUAUCAAUACUUCGUAGUUAUUCAUGUCAAGUGGCUAGUGCUUUUCUUUCAUUUAGUAAAAAUGUUUUUAUACUUGUUAAUGUUUUGGAUAGAAAAAAUAGACAUUUUUAAUAUGUUUAUUGAUUCAACCAUCAAACUUCUAGUGAUUUUAAGUAUUUAUCUUCAGGCCCACUUCACAUUCACUUUCCCUAACGCUUAUAUAUAAAGUGGACAGUGGAGAGGUUCAGAAAUAAACUGCUUAUGCUUCUAUGCAGAGGUGUUGGUAUGGGCCCUAAUUCAGCAGGAUACUUAAGCAUGUGCCUAACGUUAGACACUUGAGUAGUCCCAUUGACUUCAGUGGGAGUUAAAUACAUGCUUAAGUGCUUUGCUGAACAGGGACCUCUGAGAGCAGCAUAAGACCAUGUGCUAGCUAUGUUCUUUUCAUUGCUGCCUUCUGCUGCUGUUCUUAGUUUGUCAGCAUAGACAAUAAAAAAAACUUUCAUUUUUAUUUUGAGACACAGUAAUUGCCCAUGAUAAAGUAACAUCAAAUAAAGGUGAAGGUCGUUUUCCACAUACGCAGGAACUGGGUCUGCAAAACAUCAAACACGUAGUGAGACAGUGCUUGAGUGGAUUUUCUGGGGUAACUUCCAGACAUCCUUCAUAAGCUCAUAGGGAGUAAAAGGUUUUCCACUGAUUCAGCAUCUGCCAACUUGGCAAUUGAUUCAAUUAAACACACAGUUCUUUCUCAGUAGAUUUGCAAACAAAGCAGUAGCCAUUGGACCAUCCUUCAUAUUCUUUGCUGGCAAAUGAAAGAGAAUUCGGUUGUGAAAUUGCCAGCAGGAUUUUCUCAACAAAAUAUAGACAAGAAAAUCGUUCAUACUAAUGAAUUAAAACAUUCAAGUUUUCUAAAUAUCUUUAUAGUAAAAUAAGACUCAAAUGUAAAGAAAAACAAUUAGAAGCAGAACUUGCCUCCUCUCCCUCCCCACCCACACACACACCGCCAACAUGAUGUAUGAUGACCCCUACCCCCAUCAUCUUCAUUAAAAUCAAUCUCCCUUCCCAUGUCUCCACUAUUGCACAUCACAAUGUCUAGUUUUGGUACUCCAGCCUUUUUGUGAGGUGCUACAUUUGUUUUCUGAACUCAGCCACACCAGCAAAUGAAUCACUUGAGAAGUGUGUGCGUCUGUCUCCAUCCAUCACUUUUAACAGAGAGGGAAAAAAAUGCACAGGGUCUUUUUUAAAUUAUCUGCUAGUGGAGGGUGAAUGGUGCAGAGUUAAAUAUGUGGGUGAUACAGUUUCAUAAACUAACGUGCAUAUGUUUAAUCAGGGAUGAAUAGUACAACGCCUUCGGGCAACAUGUGACCAGCUCAGCUGAGGGUCGUCUUUGCUUUCCAACCUAUUUUCUAUAAAUAUUUGAGUGUUUGA